AUGGACCUCAGUGCCGCUACCAAGAGCAACGACAAGAAACCUUGGAACCCCAAGUGCUACAAUUGCGAAAAAAUAGGACACAUCGCCAGAGACUGCGGACAACCCAAGAAGCCCAACUGGAAGCCAGUACCCGAGCGAACCAAGCAAGCUAGUAUGGCAACUAAGACACCCCACGCAUCCCUAUCGUGGACAGGAUGCUACGACGACAAAUGCCCUGUACACCUCAGCGACAAAGAAAUGACAGGACACUAG